UCUGACAAAGCGUGGGCAGGCGUUUCCAUAUGGUUAUUGAACAGACUCUCAACAGAUUUUUUGGAACGGAUCUCAAACAUGAAAGAGGAGUAACGCCUAGUGUUGUUAAGCGACACUUGCUUGCAAUGCCCGCUGCAUUCCUAAUAAUGGAGAAACUUGAAAACUACUGUAAUAUUGAAACAUCGAACACGUUGAUCUUGCGGAGAGCAGAAUCUCACGUGAUAAAGAAGAUAUUCAGAAACUUCUAUUUUUUAAUUUUAUUAUUCAGAAAUUUAUUUAGAAAUUAAUUGCCAUGUGGCAAUUGAAAAAGGACAACAGGCAAUGGCCAAGAUGAUUGGUAAAAAUGCUGAGGAUAUUUCUCUUUCACGAUUAUACAGAGUMAAGAAUUUAUCAAAUGCUGGCACAGAAGUUCAUCUGAACGAUGGUAAACCGUAUGUCAAUAUUGAUAGCCAUUUACUYUUUCAAAGAAUCUCAGUAGGUAUCGGCAAUAAUACUGAAGCUCUGAAGAAAGCAAUGAAGUAUGAGCUUGCUCCAUCUCCAUUGAGUCUGUUUGAUGAGAAAGGUUGGAUGAGAAAAAACCGAAAAUGUGAUUUAUAUACGCUAUUUAAAGCCACUUUUCCAUCUCAAUUCAUUCAGGACAAUUGUACAUUUGUUGUUGAUGGGGGUUGGUUAUUACGACAAGUAGUGUGGUCUCGUGGAAAAACUUACAACGAAAUUUUCGGUCUCUACUUGUCCUACAUCAUYAAAUUUUUCCGAGAAGAUGCCGUUGUGAUAUUUGAUGGAUACCGCGAUGACAUCAUUGGAGUCAAAUCUUAUGAAAGAUUACGUCGUAAAGAACAAUGCAUGGCAGCUGAUGUGGAAAUUGCCUUAGACAAGUUAAUGAUCACUACACAAGCUAAAUUUYUGGCAAAUAUUGCGAACAAAUUUAAAUUUGUACAAUUAUUGUCAGACUAUUUAAUUGCAAAUGGUGUACAAACAGUAAUAGCUAAUGAAGAUGCCGAUAGCAUGAUUGUCAACAAGGAAAUUGAUAUCGAGAAACGCGGAAGUUCAACAAAUCCACCAGUUGUAGUCGUAGGAAACGAUAUAGAUUUAUUUAUGUUAUUAAUUGGCCUUACUCCCGAGGACACUACAAUAUAUUUCUAUAAAAUCACAUCAACUGGUAAAAAAAAAGUACUAUAUUCGACAGAAUAUUAUAAAAAAUUGAAACCAUUUAUAUUGUUUCUCAUGCGUUUGCCGGUUGUGAUUCAACGAGUGCUAUUUACAAUAAAGGGAAAAAAACGAUUAUAGAGUUAMUACAAAAUAAUGACAAAUUACGCGAUUCAAUUUCAAUAUUUUACAAAAAGGAUAGUAAUGUAGACGAAUUUUACGUUGUUGCUGAAAGAGUUAUGGGCAAUUUUUACGCUAAAAACGAGUGGAAUGAGUUACCUAUAGAUGAACUCAGAUACCGACUAUAUAGCGCUUCAUUAGCGAAGGCUAAAAAAGAAAUAUUGGCUUCAUUGCUUCCUUCUCGAUCAGCAUUAACAGAACACGUCAAAAGAGUGUACUAUCAGAUUCAACAGUGGUUGGGAGUUUCUCUAGAUGCURAACAAUGGGGUUGGAAACGAAACAAGCAAUUCAUGAUUCCGAUCAAGUCUGAACUGGAACCUGCUCCUGAAGAUUUACUAAAAUUGAUAUCAUGCAGAUGUACCAAAAGUAAGUGUGAAAAAAAUCUAUGUUUAUGCAGAAAAGCCGGUGUUCACUGUACUUACAUGUGUGCAAGUUGUGUGGAUGAAGGCCCUUGUAUUAAUAAACCUAUCAUUACCAAAACAAUUGAGGAAAUUAAUGAUGCUAAUGUACAUUUGAAGUCCGAGCCUGUAGAAGCUAAUGACAUUCCAGACGAUGACGGAGAAGAAGUCGG